AUGCAGCUCAUUUUCAAAAGAUUUUACUCUCCUACGCCUACACGGAUGUCCUUCUUGGGUAAAUUUCUCAAGCCAAUGAUGGCAACAGCUUCACCAAAAGAAUACCAGAUCAAACAACUGAUCAAACCAAUAGGAUUAACACACGCACCAAAGAAAAAUACUAAAUACUCUCAGGGAAACUCUCUAAAGGACAUGUUUGAUUCGGAAAAGACGAAUCAUAGAGUUAAAGAGUUGGCCGUUGAAUUCAGCAAAUCCGGACUUUACGACGUGCAAGUCUUCCAAAAGACAAAGGGGAAAUUGUUUAUAGCUCCAAUUUCAUAUUGGAAAGAUGACAGGGCCUUAUUUUUCCCUCAUUUGGUAGGAACAUCAAUGGAUAGUACUAAACAACAGAAUAUUGAGGAUUUGUUGAGGGGUAAGACCAGUAUAGUGAGGUUAUUUAGUACAGCGGCUGGCGAUAAGUUGAGCAGUUCAUACUUCCAAGAAACCGUAAGCAAUAACAAAAAAACUAACUAUUUGACUGAAGCUGAUGCGCGUUUAAGUCUAAACAACAAUAACGUCCAAAUCGUCGAGGUCAACCUUGUAGAAAACGCUGUGAAAAGCGCUCUUGUGAAAACUCUCGCUCGUUGGGCAAAUCCUGUUCCAUCCUGGCGUCAGCCGUUUUAUUUCGAGUGUCCUAGGGCCCAAUGGCCAUUUUCCAUCAGGGAAGAGCUCUUUUGCAACAAUGUCUUUUCUGGCUACGUCUUUCUGGUGGACCAGCAUUUAAAAAUUAGGUGGGCAGCCUGCGGGGAGGCCACUCCAUCUGAAAAGGAAGCGUUGUGGAAGUUUGCCAAAAGUCUGUGA